AUGCAAUAAAAGCGAAAUCAAGAAUAAUUGAGAAAUGCUUUAUAAUAAGAAUUGUUCCCAAAGAUGUAGAAGAAGAUUGAAUAAUCAAAAGUAAAACCAAAAAGGUAUUUGUCUAUUUAUAAAAAUAUAAGGGCAAUUAGAAUUGAGGAUGGUAAUAAUAGACUUCCUUAAGUAUUUCCUCAAAUUGAAUCAAUGGAGAUUGACUUCUAAGCUAAAUAUAGAUUAGGAGAGAGAAUAGGAUAGGGUGCACAUGGCUUAGUGAAAUAAGCUAUAAAGGAAGAUACAGGAGAGAUUGUAGCAGUCAAGAUUUCUAGUAGUGGAGAUCCUGAGUUGGUUAAGACUUUUACUGAAGCCUAUAAAAAUGCAAGAAUACUUAAUCAUUAAUACAUAAUUAAAGUCUAUGAAUGUUAUAUUGAUGAACAAUCAGAAACUCUAUUUUUAGUAAUGGAAUACUCAAAUCUACGCUCAUUAGAAGAAGUAAUGCGUCAUACUAAAUUAACGUAUUUGUAUUGACGUCAAUUAGCGAAGAAUAGAUCAAGAUUCUCAUUAGAAACAUACUUUUAGCAUUGUAACACAUCCAUGAAAGAGGAGUUGCACACAGAGAUCUUAAACCAGAUAACAUCUUAAUUGAUCAAAAUUCAUUAGAUAUAAAAAUUAUAGAUUUUGGUGUUAGUAGAAGAUUUAAGAAAUAUAAUGGCAGAGAAUUUAUAGAUGUAGACAUGUGGACUAGAACUGGAAAUAUAUAUUAUACAGCUCCUGAAAUACUUAUAGGAGGUGGUUAUAAUGAAAAAGUUGAUCUAUGGUCUUUAGGAGUAUGUUUAUAUCGUAUCUUAUCUGGAAAUUUUCCAUUCUUUAAAGAUAGUGUCUUAGGCACAACUAAGAUGAUAAUAAAAGGGAAAUUUCAAUUGGAUAAUCACAUUUCUCAUUUAGCAUAAGAUUUCAUAAGGAGACUAUUAAAUCCUAAUCCAAUAUAGAGAUUAUCUGCCUAAUGUAUAUUUAGAGAUUCACAUCUUAGUGGCCUUGCAGCAUCCUUGGUUGUGUUGUCAAAAAUUUGAUCGAUUCUCACUUUUGAGUUCUUAAUAUCCUAAAUCUAUUUACAGAACUAAUGAUGAUAUAAAGGACUUUAAUUAAUAUGAAAAGAAGAACUCAUAUUAUAGUAGAAAUUUGCAUAUGAGAAGUAAUACAAUGUCUAAAAGUCCAAUUGUGUAACAUGAUCGUUAAGUUUCACCUAAAUCUCCUCUUGAAAUCUUAUAAUAUGAUAUAGAUGGAGAGAUUUAAUAAUCACCUUUGAUUAAAUUGAAAAAAAUUUAACAUUAAAUGAACAAGGAGAUCAAUAUUAUAAAAAGAAAUAAGUAAAAUGAAUAUAGGUUUUUUAGAUUUAGAAUGAUAAAUCAAAAUGGAAAUUGA